AUGAAGCUCUUUAAAUCUGCAUUUGGAAAGAAAGAAUAAGAUAACAAUUUAGAAAAAUAAAAAUAAUCUAAUGGUACAUUUACUAUUGAUGAAUAAUUUAUGACUCCAGAAUUUUUAUAUAAACCUUCAUAAGAUGGAACAAAAAGAUUAUCAAAAUAGUUCUUUCUUUCUUUAUCUACAAUUGAAAAUACUUUUAAUUUGUAAUAAGUUAAGUCACAUUCUUUAGUUGAAGAAUUAGUUGCUAUGUAUCAAGAAUGUGUUUAAAUUUAUGAUGGAUUAAUGGAUCCUAUCAAAUAUUAUUUCGUUGAUAAAAUUAAGAACAUCUUGAAUUAAACAGAUAAAUUUUAAGGAAGAAAUCAUUCCUCAUCUUAGCAUGUCCAAUCAAUAUCCACUAAUAAUUAAUAAAGAAUAAAUUACUAAGAACAGAAACCUUUUUUUAAGGACUUUGAAGAUUUUGCAGAUCGAACUGAAAAAUUGACUGAAUUUGUUACACCAAGAGAUGAAGAAUACUUAUAUAAGAAUAAUUAAAAUAAACAUGAGGAAAUUAAAAAAAAAAUUGAUAUCUAAUAAUAGAUUAUAUAAUAAUAAUAGUAAGAAUUGUAAGCUAUAAAAAAAGAAAAUAACAAUGCAAGUAAUUAUUUCUCAAAAUCACUCAAUUCAACACCUACUGUAGCAUAAUAGGUAAAUUUAAAAUAAUCAGAAAAUAAAUAACAAAUUUAGUCAUAAUUAGAAAAUUAAGAAUUAUCUAUUUAAGCUAGAUUGUAAUUACGUUAGAAAAAUUAAAAAGUAAAAAAAGAGCAAUGAUUUUAUAUAAAUAAGU